CACAUACACGUUCACCUGUUCCCUGGUCUGUAAACCGACCUGACGCGGAGGGAAAGGAGGCUGAGAGGCGGGAGCAGGAGUCGGUGGCGUCCACCUGACCAGCUCCACUCAUGCAUCAUUAAAGCUCAUGAAUCAUUGAUGCCGUCCCACCCACCCUCCACCCCCACCUCCCCACCCCCUGCAGGUCUUUUCAGUGAUCCACUCCGGAGCUGAAAUCCCUUUGGGCCGAUCAUGCUGUCGCUAUCGGAGCCGUCCGCCUCCAGCAGCAGGAGUCGGUUUCUGGGUUAGAGUGUUUUCAGGGAGCUUCUCCUCCUCUUAAAUGAGCGGCCCUCCUGGAGUCGCGCCCCCGGCUGCCGUCCUAGGCCUGGGCUUGGACGUCGGCGGCGGCCGCCCGUGGCACCAGAGGAGCAGAGCUUUGGUCCAGACCUACCUCCUCAGCGGCUCAGGAAGCAGAGCCGCCAAACCCCCCCUGAGGCUGCCCUCCCUGGUGGCUGCAGCCAAGGGGUCCCACAGGAGGGGCAGCAUGGCCCGACUCAGCCUCAGUGAACCAUCCCUCCUCACCCCUAAUGAGAAUUUACCCUCCGAGGGAUUCUCCACCAGCCGUCGCUCCAGUCUUUUCCAAAAGCGACCUCCUCCUCCUGCACCUCUUUCUUUGUUCAAGGCCUGCCACCCACCCGGGACUGGUCCUUCUCAUCAGCAGCCGGUCCAGAGCUUCAACAAACCGACCUACAUUCACUUCUCCCAGGCCAUCCAGCCCAUCUCCAAACCCAGGCCGGUGAGACGACAUUCUCACAACCCCUCCCUCAGCUCAGAGAUGGUGUCGGGCGACCUCCGGCCUUCGGCUGCCCAUCGUAACUCCUUGUCUCAGGUGGAGCCCCUGUCCGUGGUUGGGAAGACGUGCCUCCUGAGCUGCAGUCAACGCCCGGCUGCCGCUGGUCCUGCUCGCACUCAUCUUCACGUGUUUCUGCCCAGCGAGGCCGAAGGGGAGGAGGCCGACAGCGAGUCUGUGGACGAAGGGUUCAUGGAUGAACUGGACAGUAAGAUGACGUCGCUGAGGGUCCAGCAAAGAGCAACAAACACACAUAAAUACCACUCAGAGUCGAAGCAGAUGAAUCCUCUGCUGUAGUACUACUGCAUGGACACGCGCAUAUAGGCAGCCACGUUCUAGGUUUUGUUUCAAUUCAUGAACAUUGUAUGUAAAAAAGUGAUAUUUAGCCGUGGUUGAGCACAAAGCCAUAUCCAUGAAGAGGUGGUUUCUUCAGUUUGCCGUGGAAGAUCAGUGCUGAUGCUCUUCAAGUGAUUUAAUGAGGCGUCUGCAUGUGUUUGUCCACGAGGUCCAUCUCUUUAAACAUCUGUUUACACUGUAUGCUAAAAAAAAACACCCUGGAAAACAUAUGAAAUGAUGCAGAUAAAUAAGCUACAUAAGAAUAAUUAUUUUUAAAUAUGCCUGUUUGGGACCAAACCUGACGUAACCUAUAAAACACAGAUAGAAAUACUUUACUAUUAGAAUUUAGAAAACAUUUAAAUAUAAUCCUUGGUAUGUUUUUAGCAAAUAAGUUUGUUUUCAUGUGUUAUUCGCAUUGAUGUACAAACACUUUGAUUUCUAUCCUGUUCAUGUCAAAAGUUUCCUCAAGCAAUGUAGCACGUCGUGUUGUAUAGCUGAAUAAGAACCAGGAUGUAUUUCGACAGAAAACAUGUUUUAAAAAAAUGAAUGGAGUCAUUUAGAUGUGACGGGAUUAAG